AUGUCUUCCAACGACCAAACCAAGACCCAAGACGUUACCAUGACCGAGGCCCAACAACCUCAAGAACAACAACAACAAGACAAGAGCAAGCAAGAGCUCGUAAAGAUCAUCAAGCACUACAAGGAUAAGCUUGACAAGCUGGUUUCCCAAUUCAGUGAAGUCAUGGAGACCGCAAGUACCGAGCAAAUUCAGUUGCGUCAAGCUGACAUUGCCAAGACCCAAAAGGCUCUCGAUAGCUUCCGCUAUACCUAUGAGCGGGAAUACGGUGAAAAACCGAAACCUGCUAAAAAGGAGAAAGAAGCUAAAAAGGCUAAGGAAGGUGGCAAUACCACUACCAAAGUCUCUGAUAGGAUGUCCGCUAAGGAAGUGCCAUUGUUCCAGAUUGCUGGUUUCUCUGUGUUCGAUAGCAGCAAGGAGGUAUACCCAACUGCUGAGCACUUUUUGAACCGCUUCGAAAAGAUCUUGAAUGCCAAUACCAUUGGUUGCAAAAAGACUUGGAAAAGAUGGCUACCUUUGGCAGUGCCCCAUGACUUGGAUCAUUGGUUCAAGGAAAAGGUUUUUGCUCGUAAGGGCAUGACUUGGGACCGGGCAUGUAAAAUCAUUCUCAAACGCUUUACUGCUGCGGAUCAGCAAAUGCACAAGGCUAAGGAAGCAUACACCAUGAUGCAAUUACCUGCCGAGUCAGUUGCUGAUUAUGGAAUACGUUUCAUGAAUGCUGCUAGAGAGGGUGGUCUCGAAGACAACCAUAAUUUGGCUAUUCGUUUCCUCACUUCUUUGCAAGAUAGGAUUCAAGAAAACGUUCAGGUGGCGUGGAUUGGUAAACGAGGCAGUCAUAAGCCCAAACGGGUUAGUGAAAUCCUCAAAGUGGCCAAUUCAUUGACCAUUUACAAGCGUAAGCGUGAGGAGGAUCCGCAAUCCAAUGCUAGUAACAAGAAGUAUUGGUGCCCUCAUCAUCAGCAGUACGUUAAGCACAAGCCUGCUGACUGCAACCAAGCGGUCAAGUCCAAGCCCAAGGGCAACAAGGCUAAAAGCAAGGUUGAGUCUUUGUAUGAAGAUGGGCUUUGCAUUUAUUGUGGCAAGGAAUGGGAUCCUGAUCAUCGUUGUGACGAAUACCGCGAGGCUAAAAAGAAAAAGCGGGAAGCCAAACGACAAGAAAAGAAGCUCAAUGCCCUUGCUGCCACUGCUGCUACUACUACUGCCGCCGAUAAUACAUGCAACUCAGCUGAUCCUGAGCCUGCUACCGAUAAGAUGGAGUCCACCGAUAUGGAUGAAGUCCCUCACCCUGCCGAUGAUGCCAUGGAAGAUGUUUUGAGUGACAUCGAGAAUAUCGAGGACAUCCUCAUUCAGUCUUCUGGUAAGUGUUUAGGCAACAUUAGCUCAAACAAAAGAUCACAUGUACUCAUCAAUUCUCCCAUUCUUAUACAGAAUAAGCGAUACUGGGCCUUAGUAGAUUCAGGAGCUGAAAUUUCUGUUGUUAAUAAAAGAUUGUGUCAUGAUAAUAAUUGGACUAUUCAAUCUAUUGAUGGGAACAUAUUGUAUCCGGGUACAGGUGAUCGAUGUGCACGCAUUGGUAUAACCGAGCCAUUGCACAUCAGCUAUAAUGGUCAUAAGACUACAUUUGUCUUUGAAGUGAUGGAUCUUGAUAAAGAGGAUGUCAUCAUUGGAGCGGAUUUGAUGCCGCAUAUUGGACUUGCAAUUACAGGUUUAGCUGUCCGCUGGGAUGAUGAAGAAGAUUCUAGUGAAAACGAGAAGCCUGAUUCAGACACUCCUAAUGACGCACCUGCAGGUUCUGAUGAUGAACGUAAAGCUUUCUUCAAUGGGAUUAACAAGUUCCUUGAAGCUAAUGCUAACAUCUUAUCCACCACGUUUUGUAACAUUCCUGAAUCAAUUGUGGAGUUGCCCACGCCCGAUGGUGUCACUUCGUAUCACCGCCAAUAUCCUAUACCGUUUAAGCUGAGACCAGUUAUUGAUGCUGCUGUCGAAAAAUGGCUAAAGGAUGGUGUCAUUGUUAAAGCUCCAGUCAACACGUCUUGGAAUAGUCCUUUGACAUUGGCUGAUAAAAAGGAUGCAUACGGCAAUAAAACGGGCAAAAGACCAUGCCUUGAUCCCCGUCAUAUAAACCGUUACCUGCCUGACGAUCGAUAUCCAUUGCCGCUCAUUCGUGAAAUCUUUCAAGAUUUGGGUGGAGCAAAGGUAUUCACUACUCUUGACUUGACGAACGCCUUUCACCGCUUUAAGAUCAAAGAGGCUGAUCAGCAUAAAACCACGUUCACUCACAAUGGUCAACAAUACAUGUUCCAAGGGUGUCCAUUUGGUUUAAAGCCAAUCUCUUCUAAAUUUCAGCGGGUCAUGCAUAUCAUUUUUAAAGACAUGCCAUUCGUGCGUACGUUUGUCGACGAUAUAGUGAUCUUUUCCUCCGAUAUGGAUACACAUCGUGAACACGUGCAACAAGCUAUACAUGCGUUGACAGCUGCAAACCUUAUUCUUAAUCCAAACAAAUGCCACUUUGCCCAAAAGAGCAUAUACCUACUAGGCUUCUGCAUAAGUCACAAUGGUAUUAAACUCGAUCCUCGUAAGGUCUCAAAUGCCUUGACGUGGCCUAUACCACAAUGUGGCAAGGACAUUCAAAGGUUCAUGGGCAUUGUUAACUACUUCAGGAGUCACAUCCCUAAUGUAUCCCAAACAAGCGCUCCCCUUGAAGCUCUACGUGAAAAAGGGUCCUUGAGAGGUUACUGGACUCGUGACCAUACGUUGCGCUUUAAUAACCUUAAAGAAGCCUUAGCUGCUAAUGUCCCCUUGAAGUAUCCCGAUUUGAAUGAGCCUUUUUAUGUCGCCACAGAUGCCUCUAAUUAUGGCAUUGGAGCGGUUCUCUUUCAAAUGAAGGACAACAAGGCACGAUACAUUGGCUUCAUGGCACGCUCACUAAGCAAAUCCGAGCGCAAUUACUCAACAACAAAGAGGGAGUUACUUGCUGUUAUUUAUGCUCUCGACAAAUUCCAUCAAUUUCUUUGGGGAAAUCCGUUUACUCUUUAUACGGAUCAUAAAGCCCUCACGUAUCUUCAUACUCAAAAGAUUGCCAAUCCAAUGAUGAUCAAUUGGUUGGAUACCAUCCUUAACUACUCUUUCAAAGUGGUGCAUCUCCCCGGUCUUAAGAAUGUACUUCCUGAUCGACUCUCUCGCUUGUUCACCCCAAGUGCACAGCUGGAGGGGGGUAAGGUUGCCCGCUCAAAUAAACGAAUUGCUGCUAUCAAAAGCAGAAGAAGAAGAAGAAAGCAGCUCAUUACUGCACCUUCACCCAAAAUCCCAACCGAUACAUUGACUCCAACCACAGAUGCCGACAAACAAAGUGAUCUUGAAGAUGCUCACUACCAAGUUGGCCAUGCUGGGGCGGAACACAUUGUCAGGUACUUGCAACACACAAAAGGCGUACAUUGGAAUUCCAUACUCCAGGAUGCCGUUGAAAUAGUAAAACGUUGUUCACAAUGCCAAAAGUAUAAUAUUGCGAAGAAGGGGUAUAAUCCUCUACGACCAAUCUAUGCUUACAUACCAGGCGACCAUUGGGCUGUUGACUUGGCUACAUUCAAUCAGACAACGCAUUCUGGCAACAACUACUUACUUGUAAUGGUAGACGUAUGUACGAGAUUCUGCAUCCUACGCGCCUUGCCUAACAAGAAAUCUGAUACAUUGGUUCAUGCCUUCACGCAAAUCUUUUGUGAUUUCGGCUUACCUAAAGUCAUCCAAUCUGACAACGGGGCUGAAUUCAAGAAUCACCUCAUGAAGAAGCUUGUCGAUAGCUUGGGAAUUGAGCAUAGGCUCACAACGCCUUAUCAUCCUCGAGCAAAUGGCAUAGCCGAACGUUGGGUGCAAUCAUCAACUCAAAUCAUCCGUAAAAGGAUCGAAGGCUCUGGAAAAGACUGGGACUACUAUGUUCCUAGCACACAGUUAGCACUCAAUAUGCGCGUUUCCAAACGACUGCAGUGCCCACCUUUUUCCUUAAUGUUCGCACGUAACGUCAAUGAGUUUCGCGAUUACCGGCAAGAGGACUCCACAAAUGUCAAGCCGAUGUCGUAUGAGCAAUUGGUUGAGCGUAUCGAGCAUAUGCAAAAGGUCGUGUUUCCAGCACUCAAAGAAAGAACCAUGUUGUAUAUAAACUUGCAAAAGAAAAAGUUUGACAAAAAGCACCGCCUCAUUGAUUUCCCUGAGCAAAGUCACGUCAUGGCACGGGUACAAACACGUGGUAGCAAACUCGCACCUGUAUACGAGGGGCCCUACACAGUCUUGCGCAAGACGCAAGGUGGCUCUUACAUCUUGCAGGAUGAAACGGGUUCAUUAAUGCCUCGAGAUUAUGCACCAUCAGAAUUAAAGCUCAUCUCUCAAGAUGAAGUUAUACCCGCUGAUGAAUUAUACGAGGUACAAGCCAUCAUCAAUCAUCGUGGCAAACCGAACAAACGUGAGUAUCUUGUACGCUGGAAGGGUUAUGGCCCUGAAGAUGAUACUUGGCUUACACCCGAUAAGUUCACCGACCCUGAUUUCAUCAUGCAGUAUUGGAAUAGGCUGGGUCAAAAAGAUGAUCAAAGUCAGCAUCAUGCCGAUAAUACAUCUUCAAAGCGUAAAGCCACAGGCAACCAUACUACCACUCGACGUAGCAAACGCCUUAGAAAGUAA